AUGGAGCCCCAGUCCAGCUGCGUGGUGGUGACCGGUUUUGGGCCCUUCCGGCAGCACCUGGUAAAUUCCAGCUGGGAAGCAGUGAAGGAGCUCUCCAAGCUGGGCCUGGGGAGGGACAUGGACGUGGAGCUGCGGACUCUUCAGCUGCCCGUGGAUUACAGGGAGGUGAAGCAGAGAGUCACCAGAAUCUGGGAAGAUCUUCGACCGCAACUCACCGUGCACGUGGGCCUGGACGCCGCCGCCAAGGCCGUGGUUCUAGAACAGUGCGGCAGGAACCAGAGUUAUCGCGAGACCGAUGUCCGCGGCUUCCGGCCCGAGCGCGGCGCGUGCCUUCCGGAUGGCCCGGAAGUGAUUGAGUCGCGGGUCAGCAUGAAGGCGGUCAGCCGGCGCGUGGCCGUGGAGGGCGUGCCGGUGGCGUUUUCCCGCGACGCGGGCAGAUACGUCUGCGAUUACACCUACUACCUGUCUUUGCAUCUUGGAAAUGGGUGUGCGGCACUCAUCCACGUGCCUCCAUUAUCUCCCCAGCUCCCGGCCGGCCUGCUGGGAAAAGCCCUGCAAGUCAUCAUCCAGGAGAUGCUGGAGGAGGUGAGAAAGCCCAAGUUCAAAGCCUGGUUCACAGAAAACUCCACCUUAGUGCUCUUUGGGAGAAAAUGAAAUGUUUCAGUCCUGUGCGGAGAGUUCAACUUUGCUUUGAGAGGUUUUAUAAAAAAAUUGCUUGUAAAACAGCUUACACAGAGGAACAGAUUCUGAAUUUGCCCAACAAAAUGACAGAGGGUUAUUUUAUUGUCAGAAGGCAGUAGAACACUCUGAAAGGCAGGCAUUUCACAAGGGAUUAACUAGCUUCAGUUAUGGUUUUCAUGACAAUAAAAUGAAAUCCUAGUC